AGAAACGACAAGACAGCUGAUUUCUUGAAAAAAAAUCUUUUUUCUUCAAAUUUCUUCUUCAUUUUCCUCUAAAAAUGUCCCUUCCCGAAACUUUUGUGCCCGGCUUCCAUGACGAAGCUGCAGUUCGCAAAAUGGAAUACUUACCUUUCGGCAAAACGGGCCUCCGAGUCUCGAAAAUUUCUUUGGGUGGUGGCACUUUGGCUGGAACGUUUUAUGGUUCGCUUGAUGAGCAAGAAGCGAUCGCUGCGGUGCAUGAAGCUCUCAAAAAAGGCAUCAACUACAUCGAUACCGCUCCGUAUUACGGUCAAGGCAGCAGCGAGGACUUGUUGGGCAAAGCUCUGAAGGGCGUUCCGCGGAAAUCUUAUUAUUUGGCGACGAAAGUAGGUCGUUACGAUCCGCCCAACACGUACACCCAAUUUGACUAUAGCGCGCGCAAAACUCGCGAAAGCAUCGAAAAAAGCUUAAAACUGCUCGGAGUGGAUUACGUUGACGUCGUUACGAUUCACGACAUUGAAUUCGAGGAGGAUUUGCGUCCCGUGCUUCACGAAUGUCUCCCGACGUUGGAAAAACUUCGGGCGGAAGGCAAAAUUCGCUUCAUCGGUGUCAGUGCUUACCCCAUUGGACGUUUGCGGGAUGCCAUCAAGCUGGUUCCGGGUCGAUUUAACUCCGUGCUGGUUUACGCGAGAAACACGUUGAUCGAUAAUUCGCUCUCGGAUCAUCUGCCGUUCUUCGAAAGUGAAGGAGUUGGUGUCAUUUGUGCCGCCGGGCAUGCAAUGCGACUUUUGACGAAUGUCGGGCCGUUUCCGUGGCAUCCAGCACAUGACGAAACCAAGAAAAUUUGCGAAGAAGCGGCGCAUUAUUGCGUUCGGCAUGAUGUGGAGUUGGGGAAAUUGGCAAUGUAUCAUUUUAUUCAGUUACGAGGUCCGGCGACGUUUUUGGUAGGCAUGCAAACAAGAAAAUUGCUGGAAAUUAAUUUGGACGCGUAUUUCAAUGGACUUAAUGACAAGGAGAAACAAGUUUUGGAUCAUUUGAACAAAAAUAUUUUCGCAAAAUUGACACAUCGCCACUGGGAAGGCGUCGAAAUUGAGCGUUAUCGUGAAUUUAUGAAGACAAAACCGCGUCAUCAUAACUAAUUUGGCGACUAAAUUUUAUUUUUUUUUAAUUUCAUGACUUUUAUCUUUGAUUUUUAAGAAAAAUUUCAGUGGGAAAAUACAAAAAAAUUGUGAAAGAGUAAAAUUUUUAAAUUUUUCGUUAUUUUUUGAUUGACUUUAACUUAAAAAUACCAUUUUAUGUUGAUAUCAAAGUUAGAAAAAAU